CCGCGAUCAUGCCUGAGCAAAUGAAAGCAGCGAAGAAAGGCUCCAAGAAAGCCGUGUCGAAGGCCACCAAGACCGGCAAAAAGAAGAGGAAGACUAGGAAGCAGAGCUACGCCAUCUACGUGUACAAGGUUCUGAAGCAGGUCCAUCCGGACACCGGCAUCUCCUCCAAGGCCAUGAGCAUCAUGAACUCGUUCGUCAACGACAUCUUCGAGCGCAUCGCCGGAGAGGCUUCUCGCCUGGCGAUGUACAACAAGCGCUCCACCAUCAGCUCCAGGGAGAUCCAGACGUCUGUCCGCCUGCUGCUCCCUGGAGAGCUGGCCAAGCACGCCGUGUCCGAGGGAACCAAGGCCGUCACCAAGUACACCAGCUCCAAGUAAAUCGGUCCAAACGAAAACUAAAACGGUCCUUUUCAGGGCCACCCACACACCUGUGAAGAGUUCAGUUUCCUUUCUAGGUUGAUAUGACCCGCUCAUGUCUGCGUGGCUCUUGAUUGAAGAACUACCAUCCCCUGAGAUAUGAGUAUGAAAGUGUUUCCAUCCAGGGAAUUUUCUGCCAUAUCAACUGUAUCACGGGCGGUGUUUGAAUAGCAAAGUGACGACGGGAGGGGAAUAAUUUAGUCGAGAUUCAACAAAUUGAAACGGCUUAAAAUCAUCCUCUGUUGAAUGUUUGUGCUUAAUCCAAGAAACCACGUUAUAAAAUAUAAUUGUAACUGGAACUGAAAUCGUUUGAGAUCAAG